AGGCCGGGAUAUCGCGAGACUUUACGGGCCGCCUGCCGGAAGCGGAAGAGGUUCAGUUGCCUUGGAGAACCCCGGGAGUGCCGGAGCUGUGAAUGGUGGCAGGAUUGAAACCAUCCAAACAUUCAGCAGCGCAGCUAUUUCAAGUACUUGGAAGAAUUUCAGCAUGACUGACACCUCUGAAGCUGUCAAGCAUUUUGAAGAGAUGUUUGCCAGUCGAUUCACAGAAGAGGACAAAGAGUACCAGGAGUACCUGAAGCGGCCCCCGGACACCCCUCCCAUCGUGGAGGAGUGGCACAGCAGAGCAGGUGGAAACCAGAGAAACAGAGGCAAUUGGUUGCACGAUAACAGACAGUUCCGAGGCAGGGAUGGCAGGCGAGGGUGGCCGAGUGACAAUCGAGCCAAUCAGUGGCACAGACGACCCUGGGGUAACAAUUACCCCCCACAGAGACAGGAACCCCACUACCCCCACCAGUAUGGACACUACGCUUACAACCAGCAGCAGCCUCCCUAUGGUUACUACUGAGGGGUGGCGGCAACUUUUAAUAAAAACAUGGCUUCCUAACA